AGAGAGUUCAUUUCAUUCGUUGUUCGUUUGCUACGGGAAGCUUGUUUCUGGUUGCGGCUCGUUUUACACCUUAUAAAUAAAAUAAACUAUUUAACUUUUGUGAAUAUUGUACUAAAGCAACUAAUUAAGUUAUUUUAAAAUGACUUCUGCAUCUGGAACAAUUCCACCACCAGUUUCCUGGGCUCAGCGUCAUGAUCUGCUCUACAUUGUCAUAGAAGUUGAAUGCAAGGACAUAGAACAAAAGGUUACUGAGACCAGUUUUCAAUUUAAAGGUGUCAAUGUUUUGGAUGCUAGUAAGAAGUACGAUGUCGUACUUAAUUUGUUGCAUCCAAUAGAUCCAGAGCGGGUUACAAGUAAAAAUAUUGGUAGAUGCGUUGAAUAUACUAUUUAUAAGAAAAAUAGUGGUAGCUAUUGGCCAAGUCUUACCACUGAUAAAACGAAAUUGCACUUCUUGAAAGCCAAUUUCGCUAAGUGGAAGAAUGAAUCAGAUGAUGAAGAUGGUGACGGCCAAGCUCCUGAUUCAAACUUUGAUUUUCUCCAAGGAGAUGAUUGGUCAAACAAAAUGAAUGCAUUAAAUAAUUUUGAUAUGGACGAAGAAGAUUCUGAUGACAAUAUUCCCAGCUUAUCUCAGAAUGACGAAGACGAUGAUGAGAAGGAAGAGGGAGCUACUGACAAAAAAGUUUAGUUUAACACAUUGUUAAACUGUAUUUAUAUUUUACACAUAAACUAAAUAAUUAUUCAAAAAUAUUUCUUUAAAUAAAAUCAUAAAUUUAAACUUAAAGCAACAAUUUACAAAAUUGUAAACCAUUACAUACACAUGCCUAUGCUGUAAACAACAAUUAUAAAACUAACAAUUUUGUUAAAUAAAAUCGCGUGC